AGUCGUUCAGCAUUGAUGCGUUCCGGAUCACGAGUUGACCGCAAAGUCGGCCUUUUGCUUUUGUAUUUUCGUUUGUGGCUGACACGUCACGUCGCUGUUAUCCGAGCUAGCUGGCGUUACCAUCAUCUCGGUCGUGUGUAAGAUGUAGACGUCUUUUUUUUUUUUGUAAAUGCACUUUUGCUAGCCUCCUUCGGGUUCGACGAUACUUUUUCCAGAUCCCUUGAAUUGCCCGUGGUUCGGGAAGCAGCCGCUUCGUUAGCCUUCUCAAUAGGCUUCUGCUUCACCAGCGCUGCUAGCUGCCUGUGCUAGCGGAGGGGCUGUUUUGAGGGCUCCUAAGUGUGGAGGAGAUGAACAAAGUGAAAAUGGAAGAAUCAGCAGAAGAAAAGCUUGGCGAUUUGCCGGCUGAAGGCAAAGUCCCGACGGCGCCGCCCAAACGACGGCACCGCUGCAUGCUGUGCGAGCGCGACUUCACGUGCCCGUCGCGCCUCUCUGACCACAUGGCGGCACACUUUGGCGAGAAGCCACACGCCUGCCCUGUGUGCGGCAAGCGCUUCAGCAAGAAGAUCAACGUCAAGGUGCACCAGCGCGUUCACACGGGUGAGAAGCCAUACGCCUGCCCAGACUGCGACGCCCGCUACGCCCAGCUGGGCUGCCUGCGCCGCCACCGCCUGCGACAUGCCCCGCAGAAGCCGCACGUGUGCGACCAGUGCGGCCGUGCCUUCCUGCAGCGACGAUACCUUCUGCAGCACCAGCGCGUGCACACGGGUGAGCGGCCGUACGCCUGCGCGCUGUGUCCCAAGCGCUUCGCCUCCACGGCGGGCCGCUCGGAGCACCAGCGCACGCACUCGGGCGACGCCUACAGCUGCACCGUGUGCCGCAAGGUCUUCACCACGCCGUCAGCCUUCCGCGACCACGCCACACUGCACACGGGCCACAAGCCGCAUCCCUGCUCCGUUUGUGGCAAGAGCUUCAACCGGCCAGGACUGCUCCGAAAGCAUCUACAGAAACAUGCGGACGCCGCCGCGGAUGACGAGAGGGACAGUGUGGAGGAGGAGCCUUCGCAGGGUGGGAUUGAGGAGUCUUUGCAAGACCGCUCUUCGUUGCCAGCGGAGGGCUCGUCGCGCCUGAUGAAGAAGAAGAAGAAGAAGAAAGUCCACGAGUGUCAGCUGUGCGGUCGCAUCUUCUCCAGGCCGUACAAGCUGAAAGAGCACCUGGAGGUUCACGCCGCCACGCGGCUGCACGGCUGCUCGGUGUGCGGCAAAAGCUUCGCCAAUGCCACCAACCUGAAGGCCCACGAGAAGAUCCACACGGCCGAGCGGCCGCACCGCUGCCACGUCUGCUCCAAGUGCUUCCUCAGGCCGUACGAGCUGCGCAAGCACCUCAAGACGCACGAGCGCCAGGAGCUCCUGGACCUGCCCGCCCUGCCUGCGCUGACCAUUCCUGCCGGCGCGGAGGCAGGAGACGCGCAAGCUCAGAAGAAGGAGCUCCCCAAAGAGGAGCAGCGUCCCGGUAACCGUGGCGACCUGGACAGCAGGGUGGGCGAGCAACGGGAGGAGGAACUGGUCAACUGUCUCAUCAACUCUGAUGGCGAAGAAGAGGACUGGAGCCCCACCCUCAUCCAAUCAGACGGCACGACGGGGAUGACGAGGGUGAGGGCAGCAGCGAUGCGGUGGUCUGGCGAGGACAAACGUGGCUACGUGUGUCCCGUGUGUAGCCGCGACUGCUUCAAGGCGUCAGCGCUGCAGAAGCACCUACGCAUCCACUCAGGCGAGCGACCCUUCCAGUGCGCCACCUGCAAGAAAACCUUCACGCAGCAGGUGCACCUGAAGGAGCACCGCCGAAUCCACACGGGCGAGAAGCCCUACGCCUGCUCACUCUGCACCAAGACCUUCACCUUCUCCAGCGCGCUGCGCCGCCACCAGCGACUGCACGGGGAUGCGCGCCCCUUCGCCUGUCAUGUCUGUGCCAAGACCUUCAAACAGGCCGCCUCGCUCAAGAGCCACAUGCUGGUGCACUCGGACGUGCGCCACCACUGCCCUGUCUGUCACAAGGCCUUCAGCCGCCCGCUAGAGCUCAGCUACCACGUGGAUGUGCAUGACGCCAGCCGUCCCUACUUCUGCCGCCUCUGCCGCAAGAACUUCAGCGGGGCGCGUGCUUUCCGCAAGCACACCAGGAGGCACCAGUCGCAGGAAGGCACCCAACUCGGGGCAUCGGUCGUGGCUGACGCGGCCGCCGGGGACAAUGCCGCAGAGGAGGCAAAGUGAGGAAAAGUGCAAGUGACGUCAACGUUUCUCUUCAUUAAAUUCAUCAUCCUACUGGCAA